UACAGCGUGUUCUGGCGCACGUUGAAAGUACAUUUUAAUUUUAAUUUCUAGUUAAACAUAAUGCAGUCAGAAGGAAACUCAAAACGUAAACGGCCCAAGAAGAAGGGUAAUCGCUUUAUGCGAAACGCCAAGGGAUUCGCCAAGCAGGGAAUUUUUGGCAGAGGCACUCACAUCGACGAUGAGCAGUUCAGUUAUUUCAUCAACAUUCUGGAUGCCAUGAAAGUUGGAUUCGAGGACGUGGAGGAGCGAGUCAACAUGGCCAACAAUGUUUUCGAACAAACACAUGACCAGGAGAUCCACCUGGCCUCCAAUCAGAUAGUGUCCAAGGCACUAGAAACGCUGGUGGGAUUUGUGGACGAUGUUCAGUUGGAGCGCUAUUUCAAUAAGUUUGGCGAGACUCUGCGUCCUCUGUGCUCCGAUCGAUUUGCCUCACACGUCCUGCAGAAAAUGGUCGAGAUUGCCUUCCUGCGGGGAGUGGGAAAGUCAGCUAUUCAGGACAGCAGCGAUGCAGGUACUUCAAGCAAACGAGCAAAGCCAGAUGCCGCUCAAGUGGAGGAGGAGUACAACCUGGAAGCUGACUUUAGCGAGGAUCACCGUGAAAAGUGCCGACAGUUCGUGCUGCGCAUCUCAAAGUUCAUGCUGAACAAUCUGGAGGACUUUGUUUGGGACACCUGCGCCAGCCAUAUCAUGCGAACUUCCAUUCUAUGCCUUGUCGGUAUGCACGUUCCCAAAAUCGCUUUUGAAAAGGGUGGCACCGAUAUGGCCAAGCAUCGAAAGCUGUACGCUGUACCAGAUGAAUGGAAGGAGGUGAUGAAGGAGUUCCCCCAGCGCUUAGAGAUGUGGCCACAUUUUGCCGACUUUCCCUACCAGGAGCACUCUUCCAGCCUUCUGGGUGUCAUCUGUCUGGCCCUGAGUGUGGCGGACAAAAGUGUACUCAAGCAUUUCGCCAAAAAAAUUCUUACGAUCGGCCUGCUAAAACCGAACGAUGAUGACGAACAGAAAGAAGAUGCAGACACCAAAAUCGAAAUAAAGAUCGAUGAAGAAGAGGAGGCGAAAGAGACAGAGGAAGGCACUGAGGAAAAACAAACUGAUUCCAACUUACCUAAAGUCUUCCACCACCAGUGCUCCGUCGUUCUGCUGGAAACCAUUUUGGGUGUGGCAGGAUCGAAACUGCUAACCCAGUUGUAUGCUAUGCUUUUCCGCAACCGCAUAGCUUACCUAGCUCAGCAGCAAGGUACGAACUUCUCCAUUCAGCGUCUUCUGCAACACAUCAAAGAGGUUUCCGACUUUGAGUCCGUAUUCAAUGAGCUCCAGCCGCAUGUAGAAGAGCUCCUUAAAAUGGGAUACACCGGCGUCGUGUCCGCCUUGUCUUCAGCGUGCCUUCGACUAGGCACGAAGCAGGUCCAAAUGAUAGCAGCUCUGCAGAGUGCUCUCCACGUCAGCGGUGACAAGGAGAAGUCUAAACUCUUUUUUAACUGCUUGGUCAAGCUAAAACCCUUUGAGAUAGUCGGCAACGAUGAGUCAGGCUUCGUUCAUCUCCACGGUUCGCUUAUUGCUCAACAUCUGCUGCAGUUCAACAAACCAAUCUUUCUGGUUAAUUGCAUCCUAGACUUGCCCGCCACACAGCUUGCACAGGUCUUCAACACACCCAAUGGCUCACAUAUCGUUGACGCUUUCAUGCAGAGUAAAUUUAUUGGAGAAAAGUCCCGAGAGCGUCUGAUCCGGCAGCUAGAUGGCUUCUACGUGGACUUGGCCAUCACUAGACAUGGUUCCCGCGUCUUUGAGGUGUGCUUCAAGGCUUCACAAGAUGCACAGAAGCUUCGCAUGGCCAAGGAACUGUUUUCCAAGACUAAUAUGUUGAAAGGAUCACCCCAUGGCCAGAUUAUCUUUAAAAAAUAUCGCCUAGAUACGUAUAAGCUUUCUCCUAGCCAGUGGCUGGAGAUUUUGUCUAAGCAUUUGGACUCUGAUCAGCCUAAGGAGGCAAAGCGGAAGACGGCAAAGACAGCAGCUGAUGCUUUUAAGGAUAUACUUAGCUAGUAUAUAGACUUCAUAAACAAAUAAACUGUUUCUAAAAAACUGUUAAAAUUAAA